AUGGUCAUUAACUCGCAUGGCCCUGAAGGCCCUCUCGUCGACAACACCAACGAUGUCGGCGAGGCCUUCAAAACGUCCCCAUCGACAACCUUGAAGCCAUUCAUCAAACCCGCAGUGAACUUUGCGUCAGCAGAAAGGCUUCAAGGUAGCAUUCACUCACUCCCUGAGCUAGUUGACUUCAAUGCCAUCAACAAUGCCACCCACACGUUCUGCGUUCAAGCACAGUCGCAAGAGCCCUUUGACACAAUCACCCACGGCGAAUUCAAGGUGGCUGUCGCCAAGUGCGCAGCUUGGUUGAAGGAGAACCUGCCCAUCAAAAAGGCUGAGGGCAGUGGUGUUCUGACAGAUAUGGCCCCCGUGGCUCUCUUUAUGGAGAGUGAUAUAGGUCUUGUGAUCCAUGAGUUUGCACUCAUGAGCAUCGGCGUGCCUCCCCUUGUUUUGUCUCCCCGCUUGCCACCAGUCGCCAUCAACGCUCUCCUCGAGGGAACAGCAGCGUCGUCCUUCAUCGUGUCGCAGCGAUUGAGUGAGCCCGCCAAGCCUGCAUUGGCCGCAUUGGCUGCCAAAGGCGUUUCUACACACAUUGGCAACCCGUACAAGGCCUACUAUCAGCAAGGCGCUGACCCAAGCACCAACGCACCUUUUGACCUUCCGGAGAACCCCGACAGCAUCAUUCUCCUGCUACACUCGUCUGGUACCACUGGGUUGCCCAAGCCGAUUCCCAUCACGCACCGUCAGCUUCUGUUUGCGGUCAACUGCCACAAGUUCGACACCGAAGAAGAGGCCCAGAGUCUCAACUUGUCUACUCUGCCCCUUUUUCACGGUUUUGGCUUGGUUGCCCCUGGACUGUCCAUGUCCGCUGGCAAGCCAACGCUUUAUCCCGCCAACGACGGCAUUCCUAACGCUCGCUCCAUUGUCGACCUGAUCAAGAAGAGCAACGCCAAGUCGAUGAUGACUGUGCCAUUCCUUCUCGAUGAUAUCACAAACCUGCCCGAGGAUGAGGGCGUCAAGGCACUUCAGCACAUGGACUUUGUCGGCACAGGCGGUGCUGCACUUGGUGCUGGAAUAGGCGACCGUCUCGCCGCAGGAGGUGUCAAGUUGCUUAACUUCUACGGCACGACAGAGACGGGCCCUUUAUCACUCACCUUUGCUCCCAAAGACGACUAUGACUGGAAGUACUUCCGCCUCCGCACAGACUGCGAGUACAAGGUCGACGAGCUCGCACCCAAAGAAGACGAGCGCCGCUUCCGCUUGACUGUCUAUCCCUAUGGCGGAACGGAGGGAUUUGAGAUCUCCGAUCAAUUGAUCCGCAACGAGAGAUACCCAGAGACCGAUUUUGCCGCCGUUGGCCGUGACGAUGAUGUCAUUGUCCUGGCCACUGGGGAGAAGGCCAACCCUCUGAUCUUGGAGACUUCCCUCACCGAGACACCGGGCAUCAAGGCUGCUAUUGCCUUUGGCGAGAACCAGUUCAACCUAGGUGUCAUCGUCGAGCCUGUGGAGCCUGUGAUUCCCGAGAGCGAGGCUGCAUUCAAGGAUAAGAUCUGGCCUAUUAUCACUGCAGCUGGCGAGAAAAUGGACGCCUACUCUCGGAUUCCUUCGCCAGAGGCCAUUGUUAUUGUUCCCGCCGGUGUGACCGUGCCUCGUACAGACAAGGGCUCGAUCGCCCGCAAGGAGACCUAUGCCCUCUUUGACCGUGAGAUCAAAGCAGUGUACGAAAGGCUUCUCCAAGCUGCGUCGGAAGCUACAGAGCCUCUCGACCUCGACAACCUUGAGCCCCAUCUCAAGAAUUUGGUCCACACCAACUUGCGUCUGCAGGCUCCUCCAUCAGAAUGGAGCGUCGAGGAUAGCAUCUUCGACGUGGGUGCCGACUCUUUGCAGGCACUUCAACUGAGGCGAGUUUUGGUUGCGGCAGCUUCCAAGACUGACGCAUUCAAGGAUGUUGAUGUUGCCAAGCUGAUUCCUGCUGAGUUCAUCUAUCUGAAUCCCUCAGUUCGUGAGAUGGCCACAGCUCUUACCAAGGGGUCUUCGUCUGGCGAGUCUUCGUUGGAAGAGGCUGCCAAGGGCAUUGAGGAGUUCGUCGAAAAAUACACACUCACCAUCCCGGCUUCUGAGAUCAAGGCACCAAGUUCAUCUGAAAAUGCCUUUGUCCUCGUCAGUGGCAGCUCUGGAAGUCUCGGGUCGCACAUCGUCGCGGACCUUGCCCGACGCCCCAAUGUCCAGAAGAUCGUCUGCCUCAUCCGCAAGGACAAGGGCACCAAUGCUCCUCCCAUGCCUGGAGGCAAUCCCAUUGACAAGAAGGUUCUCAAAUCUCGCAACAUCACCCUGAGCGACGCCGAGUGGGCCAAGAUUGCCACGCUCGAGGUUGACCCUACGGCGGAGAAGCUGGGGCUUAUCCCAAUGGCGUAUGGUAUGAUGCAGAUGAAGGUUACUCAUGUGAUCCACGCUGCCUGGCCCAUGAACUACUUGCUCAAGACCAGUUCGUUCCAGUACCAGUUCAAGUUCUUGAAGAAUCUCCUCGAGUUCGCCGUUCAAGGGGCUGGAACUACCAAGAAGCGCUUCACAUUCUUGUCUUCCAUUGCCGCUGUUGCCCGCAUUGGUCUUGGAACCCCUGGUAACCCGCUUCCAGAGCAGCCCGUUGCGCCUUCAGACGGUGCGUGCGGCAUUGGGUACGCUGACGGCAAGCUUGUUUGCGAGAAGAUCCUGGAGCGCGCAGCAGAGACAUACGCCGGGCAACUCGACAUUACGUCUGUUCGCUGUGGCCAGAUGACUGGUGCCAAGAACACGGGUGUAUGGAAUGCCAAUGAACAGAUCCCGAUGCUUCUGCGUUCGGCGCAGACCAUGGGGUCACUGCCUCAACUUCAAGGAACCCUCUCAUGGAUCCCCGUAGAUGAUGCUGCCGCCACCGUCAGCGAGAUGACACUCGCCAACGGCUCUUUGCCUAUUGUGCAGCAUCUUGAGAAUCCUGUCCGCCAAUCGUGGGAAGAUAUGGUGCAGGCUUUCGCCAAAGAGCUCAACCUUUCCGCUCCUGUAGUCCCAUUCGAUCAGUGGUUGGACCAGGUGGCCUCUGCCGAGUAUAGCGAUGAGGAUCUGCCAGUGAAGAAGCUCAAGGCCUUCUUCGGCAAUUUCUUCAAGACAGUGGCGUGCGGCCACGUAGUGUUGGACACGACAGUGGCCAAGACGCAGUCGCCAACACUAAGCAACAUGGGGGCCGUGAGUGAUCUACUGGUCAAGGCAUAUAUAGAUUACUGGAAGAGCACGGGGUACCUAAGGAAACUGCUCAAUAGUCCGCGGCUGGCUCCCCUGAAAGAGGCCAUCAUCAGCCUCCCACAGGCACUUCAAGCACUCACGAAUAAAUACGCCGACCUGUCUUCACUAAAGGAUGCCACAACAAGCGUCAACAGCUUUGCGCAAUGGAUCACAAACGGCGACUCCUCAAUGCUGGAGCGAAAUAUGUCCGGCCUCGUCACACUCCCCUUGCUCACGACUAUCCAUAUUGUGCAGUAUCUGGACUACUUGGAAAGAAUGAACCAACGGCACGAAGAUUUUCUGUCAGACGUUGAAGACGGGGGCAUUCAAGGGUACUGCAUUGGUCUCUUGUCAGCCAUCGUGGUCGCAUGCUCACGAAACGAGGAUGAGCUGAUCGAACAUGCCGUCAGCGGCAUCCAGCUGGCACUCGGCAUCGGAGCGUUUGGGGACCUCGGGGCGCCCGCAGAAGGUGAUUCAAACACCAUGCAAAUUCGACUGAAGAACCAGAGCGAUACAGAGUCAAUUUUGAAGGAAUUUCCAGGGGCCUACGUUUCUACCAUCACAGACGCCAAAACACUCAGUCUCAUCGUCCCGCCUGAGCAAAUCAUACAGUUCAAGUCAUAUGCCGCUUCCGAAGGGCUUCGGGCGCGCCAGAUGCACAUUCGGUCCAACCUCCACAACAAGGGCAACCGCGCGCUGGCCGAGACUUGCACAGAGAUCCUGAGCGACAUUCCUUUCCCGACAUCGGAGCGCCUCCAGGUGCUUGUCCGCUCGAAUAAAACAGGAGAGACGCUGCCUGAUGAUGCCGAUUCGAUGAUUGAAGAAGCAGUGACCACAAUCCUUGCAUCUCAGUGCAACUGGUCCCUCGUCGUUAGCAAUCUGGCCGAAGAUCUCAAAGAGACGGGCAAGAAAACGCACGGAAUUGCCUUGUUCGGCAUCGGUGACUCAGUGCCCAUUUCAACGUUCAAAAAGCUUGGACUGGAGCUGUACAAGACGGAUGUGCUUGCUUUCACAGACACACCGCCCACACCAUUCGUGCCUCCUAGCUCAGCAGACGCCUUUCCACCAGAUGCCAUUGCCAUUGUCGGUGCAGCCUGUCGGCUGCCCGGCGCCAGCUCUCUGGACGAGCUUUGGAACAUCAUCUCCCAAGGGCAGUCGAGGCUCGAGAAGCUCCGCACUGACCGUGUGAAUCUCAAGGAAUCUUAUCGUGCCUCGCAAGACAAAGACUGGGUGGCGAAGCGAGAGUUCUUUGGCAACUUCAUUGACGACGUCGAUGCGUUCGACCACUCUUUCUUUGGCAUCAGCCCUCGAGAGGCCAAGUACAUGGAUCCCCAGCAAAGACUUUUGCUAGAGACGGCUUUUGAGGCUAUGGACUCGAGUGGCUACCUGCGGCAUCACAAGCGUGAACGUGGCGAUGCAGUAGGUUGCUUCUUGGGCGCCAGUUACACCGAAUACCUCGAGAACACCAGUGCCUACUCUCCGUCCGCAUUCACGGCGACCAGCACGAUCCGAGCUUUCCUGUCUGGUAAGAUCAGCUAUCAUUUUGGCUGGACGGGCCCCUCUGAGGUGAUCGACACAGCCUGCUCAGCGUCCAUUGUUGCCGUGCACCGUGCCGUCCGUGCCAUCAACGCUGGCGAGUGUCCUGUCGCGCUCGCCGGUGGUGUCAACAUCAUCACCGGGGUCAACAACUACUUUGACCUCGGAAAGGCCAGCUUCUUGAGUCAGACUGGACAAUGCAAGCCAUUUGACGACUCGGCUGACGGCUACUGCCGUGCUGAUGGCGUUGGUCUAGUCGUUUUGAAGCCACUCAGCAAGGCCAUCUCCGACAACGACCACAUCAUGGGUGUCAUUCCCGCCGUGGCCACAAACCAAGGUGGCAUCGGCGCGCCAGGCAUCACGGUGCCGGACGGCAUACUGCAAAAGUCUCUGUACCGUGGCAUUUUGGAAAGCUCCGGCAUCUCCCCAGAGCAAGUGACCUACGUCGAAGCCCACGGCACCGGCACGCAGGUCGGAGAUCCCAUCGAGAUUGGCAGCAUCCGCGAGGUCUACGGUGGUGCUCACCGUGACGCCCCUUUGUUUUUGGGCUCAUUGAAGUCCAACAUUGGUCAUAGCGAGACAGCUGCCGGUGUUGCCUCGCUUAUCAAAGUCCUCGCCAUGUUGCGGAACCGGGGCAUUCCACCUCUGCAGGGCUUCAAGCGCCUCAACCACAAGAUUCCGCCGCUGGAGGUUGACAAGAUGCACAUUCCCACCAAACUCCUGCCGUGGGACGCAGACAACCGCAUCGCGUGUAUCAACAGUUAUGGCGCGUCAGGAAGCAACUCGGCACUUUUGUGCUCGGAGUGGCAUGAAGAGACGCCCACGAUGGUGACAGAGCCCGUCACCGCUCCCCCUCAGGAGUAUCCCAUUCUCCUCAGUGCGGCAUCCGCUUCGAGUCUGCAGCGCUUCGCAAACGAGCUGGCCACCUACAUCUCCAAAUCGAAUGCUGAUGUGACGCUCGGCAACCUGGCGUAUACACUUAGCCAGCGUCGCAAGCAUCAUCGCAUCCGAUGGUCUGCCACUGUCGCGGAUCUGGGCAGCCUGAUCGAGAAGCUCCAGUCUUGCGCCCCUGAGGACUUUUCCACUGCUCCCCAAACUACCAAGAGCAUUGUGCUUACAUUUUCAGGCCAGAGCAGGACCACGAUUGGUGUCAGUCCCGCGGCCAGACAGAGCAACCCUCGUUUUGACUAUUACAUUCAGAAGUGCAACACCAUCCUCCAGAGCUAUGGAUGCCCAGACAUCCUACCGUAUCUCAGCCAGACAGAAACCAUUGAGGACGUCACUAUUCUGCAGUGCGGAACUGUAGCGGUUCAGUAUGCUUGCGCCCAGUGCUGGAUUGAUGGUGGGCUUUUCGUUGCUGGCAUUGUCGGUCACAGUCUUGGCGAGUUGACCGCCUUGGCCGUGUCCGGUGUUCUAUCACUCAAAGACAUGCUCAAGGCUGUGCACACCCGCGCUGAGCUUCUCAAGGCACGGUGGGGGCCGGAUCGCGGCACCAUGUUAGCGAUUCAUGCCAACAUCGACACUGUCCGCACCAUAAUGGAUGUGGUUGAGUCGAUCAUCGAUCACCAGGAUGAGGCCUUGGAAGUUGCCUGCUACAACAGUGUCACAAGCCACAUUGUUGUCGGCAAGGAAAGGUCCGUCGCGAUGGCCGAGCGUAUCAUCCAGGAGGAUGCUCGCUUCCAUGGUCUGCGCUAUCAGCGUUUACAGACCAGCCAUGGCUUCCACUCUCGCUUUACUGAGCCUCUUCUCUCUGGCCUGAUUGCUGUUGAGCGGACCAUUGAAUUCAACAAGCCAGUGAUUCCUCUGGAGACGAGCACUCAGCAACAGGUAUCCUUUGCCAACAAGUCCAAGGAUCGCUACUUGGCCAACCACGCGCGCGAUCCCGUAUACUUUGUUGACGCAGCUCGUCGCAUCGAGUCCCGACUCGGCGAGUGCGUUUGGCUUGAGGCUGGAUGGAGCACCCCCAUCAUCUCCAUGGUGAAGCGUGCUGUCGCGAAACCAGCGGUGCACACGUUUCAGGCUGUCACGUCGCCUGCCGCCGUGGCUGUCGAGCUGUGGCGUGAGGGCAUCGCGACGACGUACUGGAGCUUUUUCACGCCCAAGGAGAGCGGCUUGAAGCACAUUUACCUUCCACCCUACAGCUUUGACCGCCCCAAGUACUGGCUCGAACACGUCGACCGCGCGAUGGAAGAACGCCGUGCUGCUGAGGCUGCCAAGGGGGAGACCUCGCAAGCGCCUGCCAAGGUGCAGCCUAUGAUUGUCUUCAAGCGCAGUGAGGGUACCAAGCACCAUUUCAAGCUGCACACAGAGACCGAGCGAUACACACGUAUCGUUCAGGGCCAUGCGGUCAGGGCCAAGCCUCUCUGCCCUGCCUCGGUGUACAUGGAGUCCGCCAUCAUGGGCGUGAACCUUCUCGGUUCAGCGCCCAUGGGCAAGACCAUCACAUUUGAGAAUGUUGGUUUCCAUCGUCCUCUGGGCUGUGACGACAACCUAGACGUCGAGCUCAUCCUUCAAAAGGGUGCUGAAGAUGACUGGCACUACGCCGUUUCAUCCGGGCCACGGGCCUUGCAUUCGGACGGCAACUUCAGUGCCACAACGUCCGAAGUCUCCGAUCUGCAGCUCUACGAGAUGCUCUUGGCUGACAAGAUCGAGACUCUCCGCAACGACGCUGAAGCUGAGAAGCUGCGCACCAGUACUGCCUACAAGCUCUUUUCCAGGGUCGUCGAGUACUCUGCCCUCCUCAGGGGUAUCACCAGCAUCACUCUCGGCUCGCGUCAGGCCAUCGCCCAAGUCAAGGUACCCAAAUCUACCUGGGCAGCCCAGGGCGAGUCAUGUGUCACCGAAUUUUACGAUGCCGUGGCGUUGGACACGUUCAUCCAGGUGCUUGGGCUGCUGAUCAAUUCGGAUACCGGCUCGUCCGCUGAUGAUGAGAUCUAUGUUGCCAGCAGUAUCGGCAAGAUGGUCGUCUCGCCUACCGACUUCACCAAGCCUCAGACUUGGACCGUGUACGCCACAUACUCCACGGCAGACAGCAAGACAUCCAGUGGUGCUGUCUUCGUCUUCAAUGAGGAAGGAAAGUUGUCCAGCUUUGCGACAAAAGUGCAAUUCAUGCGCAUCAAGGCUGCUAAACUCGAACGGGUGCUAGAAAGCGCCAACCCCAGCAUCUCUUCUGCUCUGCCCUUGCCGGAGACCUCAGUUCCGUUUAUGCCCGUACCAGUCCAGCAGCCUACUUCGGCACCAAAUUUGGCACCCAAGUCCGUCACUCUUGCAAUUCCGGGGCCCGACUCUGGCAAGGUCAAGGCAAAGAUCUCAGACCUCAGGGCUCUCAUUUCUGUCUACACUGGUGUUCCCGUUGAGGAGAUGCGUGACGACCAGAGCUUUGGAAACAUGGGUCUCGACUCGCUGGCCUCGAUGGAGCUGGCGGACGAGAUGGAGUCCAAGCUCGAUCUCAAGGUGCAGGCCGAGGAUCUCUUGCUCGGCACAGUGGGCAGUCUUGUUAACAAGCUGCCUGGUGCAUCAGGAGAGCUGGUUUCUAGUGCCGGCAUGGGCAUGGUCCCGGAUGACACCAGCUCGGAGUCAUCAGGGUCCUUCCGUGGCACUACUGGACUGCCUACUAGUAUACCCCCCACCCCAACGGGGAUCUCUGAUAACGAGGAUGAGGAGUUGGGCAUGCCAUGGAAGCGUCCCGAUGGUCCUCUGAACAGCAGAUUCAAGAUGGAGACAGUCGUUUACAAGGUCGAGGGUGGCGUUCAAGUCCCCGCAGACAUCUACGUGCCGGCAGAAGCACCACCCAGUCCGAUGCCUGUAGCUCUCAUGAUCCAUGGCGGCGGCCACCUCACGCUCUCGCGUCGUGCUGUCCGUCCAUUGCAGACCAAGUUCCUCUUGUCGGAGGGAAUUCUGCCGGUCAGCAUUGACUAUCGCCUUUGCCCACAGGUCAAUGUGAUUGAUGGAUCCAUGGCUGACACUCGCGACGCCUGUGCAUGGGUCCAGCGCGACCUGCCUUCCAUCAUGGCGCGAAAGGGGAUUGAUAUUGAUCCAACGAAGCUCGUCGUCAUUGGGUGGUCGACGGGCGGUACACUGGCCAUGACCACGUCUUGGACGCUCAAGAAUGCUGGUCUCACGCCUCCUAGGGCCAUCCUGAGUUUCUACUGUCCUGUCACUUACGAUCCAGCCGCCCCCGUCCUCAUGGGGCAGGAGCAUAGUCCUCGAACCAUGGCCCUUAGCGAGAUUCGAAACCUUUUACCUUCCACACCCACUACUUCACAUGCCUUCAAUAGCACCGACAGCAGCAAGCUUGGUUGGGUCCACAAAGGCGAUCCACGGUCUGAGCUCACGCUGGCGCUUGUCAAGGAGCACCGCGGCAUGUCACUGCUGUUCAAUGGUCUCCCAACGACGGGAGAAGAGCUCUUCGAGCCGGACGCGGCGCGGGCUCGAGAGUUCAGUCCUCUGCAGCAUGUGCUGGACGGCGACUAUAGUGUGCCGACAUAUCUGAUCUUUGGCGACCAGGAUGAGAUCGCACCAUUCCCAAAGGCGGCCGAGUUUGCAAAGGCGCUGGCCAGUACGCGUGUGCGGAGUGGCUUUCUACCAGUGCCGGGGGCCAAGCACAUCUUCGAUUUGGGUCUGGCUCCAGGAAGCGAAGGUUGGGCUAGGACCAUUGGGCCUGGGUAUGAUUUCCUGUUGCAAGAGUUGGAGAGGUGA